AACCUGUAUCGUCGAAAUGAGGAACCAGUGAGUUGUGUUUACUUUGGGUAUCCACUACGGUAUUGAUUUAUCGUCCAUGUUAUCUAUAAAAACUUAUAAGGUUGAAUCAAAUUGGGAAAUUAGGCUUUGAAUAAAUAAUGAUUUUUUAGAAACAUUUAGCCUCUACUAAGUCUUUAGGCCUAAUAAACUCACUCUACUACCAGUCUCUGCUCCCCUCACUACUCACUACUAAUUUAUUACUAUUACUAAUUACUAACGUCUUUUCUUCUGUCUCAGUUACACUGGCUUCACAAACAAAGUAUCAAUAUCAUUAGCCUAACUCAGUCUUAGUCUUAGUUCUCACUUGUGACUUAUUAACUUUUAAGUUUUUCAAUUCCAGUCUUUAUCAGUGCAGUGGUUCCAAAUUUCAGCAAUUAUACAGGACUAACUUACUCAACUCAGGGUAACAUGGAGUAACUCAAGUAGUCUAGUGGUCUCCCCAUCACAUGCCCCAUGUUUUCAAAAAGUUAGACACCCCUCAAAUAUAACAUCACAAUCUCUGCACCCCCCCUCCCCAUAAAUGUCCACUACUGUCCUUUACUAGCCCUUAAAAAAAUCACAUCCCAUAUCAGAUUACUGCACCUGUCAGAAACAUUUCCCUAAGCCAGGGUCCCUCAGGGGUAAGAGCACCCACUGUGGUGAGGAAGCCCCAGAAAAUGAAUUGCAUUUGCUGCCAGUGCUACUUGAUCCUACCUUUAAAAAUAAAAUCAUUUUAAUGCAUUUUGAUUAGUAUUAAAAUAGUGGGAGUAAAUUUUUUUCCAGUUGUAUUGUGUUUUUGUGCACUACUUGUAUUGGUAAUUUUUUUUUCUUCUAGAAAGUUAAUUAAACAAAUAAAACUACAAUAACUAAAUUAUUUAAUUAUUUUCAUUUUUAAAAUUGUAUUACAAUAUAAUUUACACUGGAUAUUUUUUGGGGGGGUGGGGGUGGUAAGGGGUUGCGGAAAAUGUUUUGAAAUUGAGGGGGAAUCCAACGCUGCAAAAGGGUUAAGAAUCCCUGUCCUAGAAGAUUUAUUAAUAUUACACCACCCCUCCCCGUCAAUUAUUUUUGGUUCCAUCUCAUUUCACGUGGUAGUCCUAACUCUAUGACUCCAGUCUCCACAUUGCAGCAUAAAUUGUCAAGACUGUUAAAGUCACUACACCCUGAUUCUUGUCCUCCAUGGCAUCCUGUAACUUUAUCAUAUACCAUUAUUUGACCUCGCAUACCUAUACUGAUUCUCUCAGUGAUCAUAGUUUAUAAUGUUAAAUAAUGUCUGUAAUUUAUUACAAUUUUUUUUUACAAUUUUUUUUCUAGAACAUUGCGCUUUUAAUGAGACAUCACAUUGCUUUAACCCCCACCUACCUCAUCACAAAAAUGUGGCCCCCCCCCCUUUCCAUAUGUUAAAUAAUUUAUGGAUGGCCCCUUAGAUGAUAAUUACAUUAGCUAAAUUAGCCCAAUAGGCUUUGUUUUAUUGGUUGGGGCAUAGGCAUUUGUACUAUGACCAAAUAGCUAACUUUGCUGCUAUAAUAAUCAUCUAUAUAAACCUUUAAAUUUAAAACUUGUUUUGAUUAUAAUAAGCAAGUGCCUGUAACUAUACAUGCAUGCUUUUUACUUAUAACUGUUCUUUUAUUUUAAACACUUUGGUGGUGAAAGAUUUUUUAAAAUCUAUUUGUUGUUUUUUUCUAUUUCUAAAAUUUUCAUGGCUUUUAUGCUAAUAGAAAUUCUUACAGAAUAGCAUACAGUGGGCAUUGCUAUGCUGUUAUAUUACUAUAAUAUGUGUUAGCAUGGAUAUCCUGGCCCAGAAAAAAAAAAUCUCAAAUCAUAAAUAGUAUCAUUAAUAGGCCUAAGUCUAAGAUUAAUGAGCAAGACCUACCAAAACAGACAUGCAGGCUUAUGGGUUAUACCCUUCUCAUUUUAGAUUUCUUAAGCUUUGUUUUUUGAUUUACCCCAGGGUUUUGCUUAACUCAAGCACACUCCCCCCUCCCUGGUGCAAGUGGUUAUAAAAAGAGCUACCUUGUACCUUUAAAUGAUGAUAUAAAUAUAUCUUUUAAAAUUCUCCAUUUACAUCUUACUUUUACCCAAGUUUAUUUUUUAAAUUCUACAGUUGUAAUUUAUAAUUCAAUAAACGAAAAUGAGAACUCCAUAUGUUUCCAAUUUAAAAAUGUAUUUUACUUCUUAGAGGGUGGCAGCUUAUGGUCAGUUAAUUUGUCAUACAAAGUGUGAAACUCAGUUAAAAAAUUUUUAGGUGUUGCAGACAAAAGAAAAGGUUUUGAAAUCCUGCAUGAAAUGUUCCCUAGCAUGUGAUGGCAUAUAAUAAAUUAAUUUAAUCAAACCGAACUCAUAUGAUAAUUCUCUGCAACAGGUCCUACAUAGUUGGCCUAAAGGCUUGUGUGCCUAUUUACUUUUGAUACUGAUAAUUAUAGCCAUCUGUAAAUUUUCUCUUCAUUUCUUGGAGCACGAAAGUGUUUUUAUAAAAAAUAAUUUUGAGCACCCCACAGCCUUAUAAAAUUAUAAGAAACAUUAAUUUGAUAUAGUGGUCUUGCCUCAUUGCCAAAAUUAUUUUUUUCAAGCUUAUAUCAAAAGUAAAUCAAUUCUUCAAAAAAUAUUGCACUGAUAUCUGAUGCAUCCAAAUAGCAACAUUCAUUUAAAAAAGCAAUAAUGAUAUAUUUGGCAUUCAAAGAAUCAACCAAUAAAUGUGAAAAUUAAGUUUUAAAAAAAUGAUUGACUACAUCGCUUACUGAAACUAGAUAAUAAUAUUAACCUAUUACCACAUAACUAACAAAAUUUAGUGAAAUUAUUAAAAUUUGUAAUAAAACCUUUGGCUUAAAAGUUAAUUGGUGAGAAGUCUUUAUUGAAAUAAAUUACCUGCAAUUUCUCAUUAUUUAUUUUCAGACUUAUUAUUUCUCUGAAAAAAUACCCAAGAUGGCUCCAUCACUUGUCCUGUUUCAGGAGAUGCUGUCCCGUCCUGGAGGUUGAUUUGUAAAUGAAACAAUCAACCAUUUAGGAAAGAAUGAGAAAAAUUGAUGCAAUUUUUUGAAAAUAAAAUAACCCCCAAAAAAUACUGAAGAAUGAAUAGAUUUAAAUGCAUUUAAAAAAAGAAUCAAGAAUGCGGAUCCAUAGCUUACCAGCAUUUAAACUGGUCUUUGCCUUGCUGCUGCUGAUGGUUGUCCUAGCCUUGAUGGCUCACCAUUACAUCUCAAACAUUGCAGCCUUUGACACGCAGCCACCUUCACAUAAAACAAGGCGGAUUGACAGCUACCCUGAUGAUCCUGACCCCAACUCACGUCCCCUGACAGCAUACCAGCAUGAGAUUGAAGAGCUGAGGCACAUCAAGGCAUCUGUCAACAACGAGCUUAGGGAUUUGGAAAACAGACGCCUGCGGCUACAAUCUGAUAUCUCGACCUACUCAACGAAUAUUGACAAUCUCAAGUCCCAGCACCAAAGCUUGAGCAAAGAGGUUAGUCUGAUCAAACUUUCCCUAGAUCAAAUCAAAUUUGAACAGGAGGAAUCCAAGUCUUUUAUUCCGAACAUUAGAGCUCCACACCGUAUCCUAAUGGAGGUAGAUGCGAACGACAAGUUUCCCAUGCCGUCAUCAUCAAAUCACUGUCAGAUGGAGACUUGUUUUGAUUUUUCUCGUUGUUCCCUAGUGUCAGGAUUUCCAGUCUUUUUCUACAAUCCAAACGAAUUUCAAAGAUUUGGGCUUUCCUUAUCAGCAAAUAUUGUAUCAGCCCUUGAGAAAUUUGUCGGUAAAAAUGUUUAUGUAACUGAAAAUGCAGCCAAUGCUUGCAUAUUUAUAGUUGUUAUUGGAGAUUUAGCAGAGAGGAAGCAUCAUGAGUCUAAGGUGGUUGAACAUUUUCUCCAACAACUACCUCACUGGAAUGGCGAUGGCCGUAAUCACAUCCUGCUGAGCCUUGCUGAAACUGCUGGCUCAACAGAUGCCUUCUAUGGUGUAAAUACUGGCCGGGCCCUGGUAGCCCAGUCAACAUUUUUAAAUACCAAAUUUCGAGAGAACUUUGACAUUUUAAUUCCCCCGAAUCUAGGACCUGGCACCAGUCAAAAUUCAUGGCAGCAGCUACCCCUGUUAACUCCAGUAAGGAGAAAGUUUCUGCUGUCCUACUGGGGACAGUUCAUCCCACAGAAUAAACUACCAAAUGAAGUGAACAAUGCUUCAAUGAAUCUCUUAGAUUCAAAACGGAUCAAGGGGUUUAUUAAUAACAUGCCUUUCCAGCGCAGACCUUUAUCAGUCAUAGACAUUUCAGAAUCCCAUUCAGUGUAUUCUCACAUAGAGCAGGCCAUAGUUAUGUCAAUAAAAAGUUUCCAAGGUGGACAUCAAAGCAAUUUUUAUAUAGACGUCUCCUGUGGUGAGCAUGGAGUAAGCUCUGCCAUAGCAGGGGACUGGGCACUUUGUGGGUCGGAGUCAUCACGCAAAGAGAAGUUAAUUCAGUCCACCUUCACAUUAAUUAUCUCCCCAUUAAAUGCCUCCCUCUAUUCCACCCUAGCAUUCCAGGCUCGUGUAUUUGAAGCCCUUAAACAUGGCUCAGUGCCGGUAAUUCUGGGAUCUCAUGGGCGUUUACCUUUCUCUGAAGUUUUGCGCUGGGACACGGCAGCCAUCAUCCUUCCCACCCCUCGGGUGACGGAAAUCCCGUUUUACCUACAGUCAUUCCCAGAUGAGUAUAUAUCAGCCUUGCGGCUCCAAGGUCGUGUUUUCUUCCUGAAUUACUUCUGCUCCGCUGAGUCUGUCCUGGACACACUGCUGGCAGCAGUGAGAACACGACUCUCGAUACCGGCACGCCCUGUGAAGGAAGAACCAUCGGCAAGCAUUUUCCCAGCAUCUUUCACUCCCUUGAAAUAUGAAGGCCCCGAUCCGGAGCCAGAAAGUGAUGAGCUUUUGGGUCCAGUUGAGAGCCCCUUCCCAUCUGAGACCUAUCGCUACAACUUCUCCCAUUUCAUGCACCUUGAUGCGUUCAAUACCAGGGGAGAUCCCUUUCUUCUGUAUCCACAGACACCGUUUGAACCUUGGCUUCCAUCUGAGGCCAAGUUUCUUGGUAGGUAUUUUAAUCUUGUGCAUCCAUUUAAAGUUAAUUAUACAUUUUAGAAAAUUUUCUACUCAAAUAUAUUUUACACAUAUCGUAUAAUUUAUAAUCGUUGCUUCUUAAGAUAAGUCCUUUUGUUUUUAUCUUUGGUGCUGUAAAUGUUAUUAUAUUUGCACAUAUAAAAUUUAAUAUUAAGCACAUUGUCCUUUCAUGUGUAAACUAUAUUUUGACAAUUCAAAUAAGUCACUAUAAUCAAUUAAUUAAAAAAUAUAUAUAUUUUUAAAAUAAUAAUGAAAAAAAAAAGAAAUUGAUACAUUAAAAUUUAAAAAAAAAGUAGUUGUAUCUACAUCUUAUGUAUGGUAUUGUAUAACUAAAUUACUGAUAAGCAUCUGCAGAACCUCAACAGAAUCAAGAUCUUUAUAAAUUUAGGAUAUAUAAUUUUUCUCUUCAUGCUGGCUAAGGUUAAAAAAAAAAAAUUUCAUAAAAAUUGAUCUGGUCGCUGAAAGUGAAAAUCAAUGGGUAUUGAAGUAAUAGCUUUGUGUUUUUUCCCCAAUAAUCUUAGGCUCAAAUUAUGGCUUCAGGCCUGUUGCCAAAGGUGCAGGGGGUGACGGCAAGGAGUUUAGCGAGUCUCUUGGUGGAAACUCCCCUAGGGAGCAGUUCACAAGUAAGUCUGCUAUUAGAAAUGGAUUAGUUCAAUGGGUGUUAAAAAGUUCCAGAUUCCAUGUCAUGUGUGCAAUUUUUGUAUGUGGAUGCUUAUCUCCAUGUCCAAGAAAGAUUAAUUUUCUGAGAUUAUGUAAGUUUUAGGAAAUAAAGAUAUCUGCUAGUGCUGGAUGCUUAGAAAAUGUAUAUUGGCAUGUUUGAGGUACUUUUAUUGAUCCAAAUACAUGGAAAUGUGUUGGGUUUUUUUUUCAUUCAUCGUACAUAUUUUUUCAGUCUUUCGUUGUCUCUUAAAAUUAGUCUGUAGUGAGAAAUUUUGUAACCAAAAUGCAGGGUUUCCCAACCUUCUCAUUAUUCUCCACCCUCUAUGAAUUGUUUGACUAAGUCUCUCACCCUCUAUGAAUUGUUUGACUAAGUCUCGCACCCUCUAUGAAUUGUUUGACUAAGUCUCUCACCCUCUAUGAAUUGUUUGACUAAGUCUCUCACCCUCUAUGAAUUGUUUGACUAAGUCUCUCACCCUCUAUGAAUUGUUUGACUAAAUCUCUCACCCUCUAUGAAUUGUUUGACUAAGUCUCUCACCCUCUAUGAAUUGUUUGACUAAGUCUCUCACCCUCUGUGAGUUUUUUGACUGAGCCUCUCACCCUCCUAAAAAAUUAACAAAGCAUUGCAAUAGUGGCAAAAAAAGGGGCUUCAAUUUUUUUUUUAUUGCAGAGAAAAGUAGUACUUCGCAAAUGAAUUUGUGACUUAUUAUAUACCAGCUGUGUGAAAUGAUGGUGGAAAAAAAAAAAGAAAAAUAUUUAAAUCAAACUUAAAGAGUCAAUGUGGGGACAUCAGAUUUUAGAAACCUCGCCAUUAGACAUUCUGAUAAACGUUACAGUGUUAAAUUUUGAAGAUCAGUGGUGAGCAGGGAAGUGGAGGGAACUACGGGGAGGUUUCGGAUGUGCUUUAGGAAUUAGUGGUAAUGGUUUAUAAGAAAAAAAGAUGACCUCUCCUGUUAAUGUGGUUAAUUGGGAGUGGAAAAAGAAUGUUAUGUACCUAAAAUAUGCCAUGUGGAAUGUAUACGUGUAAAGAAGAACGAUUCUGAACAUUGAACUUCAUUGACAUGGAGAUCCUCUGAAACACAAGUUUUAUUUUUUUAUUUAAAUUUAUCUUUUGUUUAUUAAUUGUAUUGUCUGCUGAAGAAGUCAUCUGGCCAAAAUGUCAGUUUAAUUGUCCUGUCUUGUCUUUCAAGCCUACAAAUAUCUUGUUCAACUAUAUAUUGAGUAAAGAGGGCAUGAAUAGUCCUCUAGUAGUUUAGCUCUGUGCGCCUUUAAUUCUUUGAAAUUCCACUGUCAGUUGUGAUGCUGACUUAUGACAGGGAAGUCGUCCUCAUCCAAGCACUGCACAGGUUCAAAGGUCUGCCUUUUCUCAAUAAAGUAGUGGUAGUGUGGAAUGGAGAGAGUCCUCCUUCAGUUGAUCUCAGGUGGCCAGAAAUAGGAGUCCCUAUCCUGGUAGGACAUAGAUUUUUUUCAGAUUGAGCACCAAUUUGGCUGAAGUUUUUAUAUAUAUUAUUAUAUACAUAAACAGAGAGUUUAGAAGGGAAAAAACAAUGAUUUUUUUUUUGGUCUGUAAAUCAAAAUAAUCUUUAAACAUUCAUACCAAAGGACAUCAAAGCUUUAUUUACAAUUUUAUACCAAUUUCUUGCUUACCCUAAUCCCUGAAUGACUGCUUAAAAAUGUCAAUAUUUGUCUUGUAAAUUUAUGAACAGGUCCUAAAGACAAGUAAAAACAGUCUGAAUAACAGGUUUCUGCCUUAUGAUGUGAUAGAGACAGAAGCCAUCCUCAGCAUAGAUGAUGAUGCACACCUUCGACAUGAUGAGAUUGUCUUUGGGUUCAGGUAAAAAUCAUAUGAAUUGGUUUUAUGCAGAUUAAAAAAAGAAGAACUUUUAAAGUAUUGUUCGGUCCAGAUUUUUCAAACGACCACCCCAAAUAUUAUGAUACAAUACACACUAUAGAAAAUUGGCCCCCCGGUAGAGAUCAAAUUAUGGCAAAACUUUAUAGUUAUCACCAGGAGGAGUUAACUUUUUUUCCCUUUAAAUUAACAACCAAAUGAACUUAUGGAAUUUAAAAUUUUGGGGGGUUAAAAUGUAAUACUUGAUCAUUUAAUCAAAUGACACAGAUUAGGGAAGGGGUUAUUUUGAGCUGGACAGACAGCAGAUUCUUAAGUUUCUUAAUUAAUCUAGGAUCAAAUUCAUGUCUUUACAUCUUAUUUAUACAUGUUUAGCCAUUAUAUCACUUUUUCUAUAUGUAACCAGCAUCACAUUCUCCUACUGUAAUGAUACUCAUUUGCUUAAUACCUAUACUCUGUUUUAAAAAAAACAACAAAAAAAACCAUUCAGUGACAAACUGGGCUUUUGUAUAAUUUUUUUUAGAGUCUGGAGAGAGGAGAGAGCCAGGGUGGUCGGUUUCCCUGGCCGCUAUCAUGCCUGGGAUGCCAGACACCAGUCCUGGAACUACAACUCUAACUACUCCUGUGAGCUGUCCAUGGUGUUGACUGGUGCUGCUUUUUUCCACAAAGUCAGUCAUGGGCCACUCAAAUUUGUUUGUCCAGCACUGUAAAAGCUGCUCUAGCCACAUUUUUUUAAAUAGCUGUACAAUUAAGUGCUUUCUAAUUGGGAAAUGAACAAAACAUCUUGACUCUCUGGUUGACUCAGUCAUGAAUAAUGUUAUUACUGGGGUUGUUAGCCAUUAAAGUCAAAUCAAAUUAAAAUUGAAUCAUAUCAAAUUAAAAUUGAAUCAUGUGAAAUCAAAUUGAACUUGAAUCGUGUCAAAUCAAAUUAAAAUUGAUCAAAUUGAAAUUGAAUCAUAUCAAAUUAAAUGGAGUCAUGUCAUAUGAAAUUAAAUGGAGUCAUGUCAUACCAAAUUAAAUGGAGUCAUGUCAUAUCAAAUUAAAUUGAAUCAUCUCAAAUUAAAUUAAAUCACACCUUGGAUCACAACUGGAGUCUAAGAAUUGUUUCAUUCCAUUAGCAAUAAUAAAAAAAAAAAAGAUCUUACUAUAUGACACUUUCUCCUGCAGCUCUCGUUACAGGCCUUCGGGAUAUUUUGUUGUUGUUACUGUCACACAUCAUAUUUCAAUUGCCCCCCCCCCCCUUCCCCACUCCCCCUGUUUGAGGAUCUAGAAAUAAAUUUGAGCCUUGUUUCAAGAUCUUUAAAACAAGUAGAGGAUCAAUCAUCAGUUUUAGUAACAUAGUACCGAGAGGGAAAAUUACAACACCGAGAACUCUUUUUUUUUCCAGUACUACACUUACCUGUACAGCUACGUCAUGCCCCAGGCCAUCCGUGACAAAGUUGAUGAGUACAUGAACUGUGAGGACAUAGCCAUGAACUUUUUGGUGUCACAUAUUACAAGGAAACCUCCUGUAAAGGUGAGAUGGCAUGCCGCUUAGCGCAUAGAGUCUGCCUGGUGUUGGUGGGNGGGGGGGGGGGGGGGGGGGGGGGGGGGGGUCAGGCAAAUUUUCAAAGGUUGACAUACUGUCAGACUUAAUAAAGAUUUCAUAUGUCAGACUUAAUCAGCUUAUCAUAAAGUAGAUACUCAUUAUUUCAGCAGUGCUGUCAAUCUUAAUUUCUGUGUGGGUUAGCUUUUAGGGUUUUGUUUUAAAGGGUUUCGUCAUGAGCUUUUCAGUUUGCCCAUUUGGUUAUAUUUUGCGGCUUUCAGAGAGUUAUUUUGAAUGUAAAAGUUAGUCCCUUGGAAGCAGUCUUAAAUUUUACUUGUGUUUAAACUGAAAAUAAUGUUGUUGCGUUUUGUUAGAAAAACUGAUUGCUCUUUGUUACUGUGUCUCUAUCAGUCCUUACAACAGAAGAUAUUCUAGAAGGCUAACCAACAAAUAGACUUUUAAUCUCUUUAUGAUGAAAAAAAAAUAAUGGGAAUGCAAAAUGAGUUUUGAUUUUUUUUAAUGAACGCAAUUUUAUAAAGAUAGUCUGAGACUACUUUAGAAAACUAGAACAUGAUAAUGGUGAAGGUAAAUUACCAAAAUUGCCGGAGUUUUUUGUUUCUGUAAUGAACUUCACACCUUGGUAUUAGUCAUGAUUCUAAACAAAGGAAUCGCUUUGAAAUUUCUAGGUGACCUCAAGAUGGACGUUCCGAUGCCCUGGCUGUCCAACCACACUGUCCAGCAACUCCAGUCACUUCGAGGAGAGGCACAAGUGCAUAAACUUCUUUACCCAGGUCUACGGGUACACUCCCUUGUACUACACACAGUACAGGGUGGACUCGGUGCUUUUCAAGACGAGGAUAGCCCAUGACAAGACAAAGUGUUUCAAGUACAUCUAGUGAAUAUCUGGUCUCUACCAUAUCUGGGGGUGGUAGAAACAUUUCUCAGAGAGAAUAUUCUGCUGGUCCUUUUUUUUUUCAACUAAGACAUGUCCAUGACGAUAUGUUUUUAAAAGCAUGUUGAAAGUGGCCAAUGGAACACAAGCUCUGAUCCAUUUUUUUCGCUUUAAAAUCAUUGUCUUACCAGUAGAAAUUGACUGCACAAAUGGGAAAAUAUUUCUUUUCCUUAAUGUUGUAUUGAAUCACUUGUGUUAGGGGGAGGGUAAGUUUUUUCUGUAAUUUUUGGUCUUUUUUUGACAAAUCACUUUUUAAAUGAAUCUCCCUUGUUUUAGAGUGACUCCCCCUUUUAUCAGUUGCCUUCCUGCACUCAUGGUUUCCCUGCUGAGAGUUUAUCUCUAUGACUUGAAAGCUUUCUGGCACUGAGACCGGAUGACUCGGGAUUUAUGAAUAUCCCACGAUCGAAUUUUAGCUUUAAUCCCCACCAUGAAGAGCUAAUCUAAA